AUACAUAUACGCAUGCCUACGUGUGCACGAGUGGGAAUCGGACGUCGACACUCGAGUAAUGGUGGGGAUACUGAGCCGAUAAAACUACUGUAACUCUCUCUGGCGCUCAGUAUGCAUUCAGACACGAACGGUGGUUGAUAUUCGCGCUCUGUCGUGUAUACAUUCGCGCGGAAGCGAAACCAUUUUUAAUUCGUUCAAAGUAAUUCACCCUCACCAAUCAGAAUCAUCGUUUUAACUCCCUCUGCAGGGUAGCUUAACUAGUGCGCUGCGCGCGCAUACCCCCGGAGUUUUGCACACAUCGAUCACGUUUGAAAUCUGUCCGGUUUUUUGUGCAAAAUUAAUUCAUCUCUGAAGCUACAAAUCGUUCGUUCAAAACGGAUUGUUGUAUUAUUCAGUGCAUUGAUCGUGAAGAAAUAAGAACUAAAAAGUGAAGAAAGAAAAGAAAACAGCUUCCCCUCGAAGUUGUACCACGUGAAGUAGCUUCCUUCUCUGUGUUGUAAAUGCAGCGUACUUGAAAGCGGCAUCCGCAAACGUUUUCAGAAUUUAACGAGAAAAAGGAUAACAGUACGAAUUUUACUCGGAUGAAAACAGUUCAUUCAAUAAUUAUUCUCGAGACUGUGAACGAGCAACGGUCGAAUGCCACGCCUAAGGUAGACGGCGAUGAACUCGUGAACGCCGAUUGAGGAGUGCCAGCUACAUAGAAGAGAAGAAUAAUGUCAAGCAGUGUUUGCCACGCGCCCCUGCCAGCUCGAAUGGAGGCAUUCACCACGAGACUCUGUCUCCGUGCUGCUGACCAGUAUGAGCGGCUUCUACAAGCUCACUUCAAUAAGCCUUCGAGCAAGGAGCAAACGAGACCUACCCAUAAUUCCAAUCAUAAGGAACAUCGAAGACAGAAGGAUGCUUCGGCAAGCAGCACCUAUAGUGCCUUUCGUCAGUGGCGAAGGAGCACGUCCAUGGGCUCGAAUCGAUCCAACAGUGUUGGAUCUAGUUCCACCAGGGCUCUUGCCAAACUUCCCAAUGAUUCAGCAACGAUACAGAAGAUGGAACAGUUCCCUUUGGUUCUCUCCGACGCAACUAUGCCAGACGAGGACCUCUCGUUAAAAUUUCUAGCGUUGAAUGCCUUGGAUCUAACAGCACCAGCCAGUGAUGUUCUGCUAAAGAACAGAUUAAAAUCCUGGUUCCAGUUGUCGGGACACCCGGACGGUUUCGCUCCGGCUGGACCCGGCACUGUUUGGAAGAGAAAAACAGGAGGAGCAGAAAAUACUGAAAGGAUCGUUUACGAAGCCCUCAGCAAAGACAAAGACCUUCGAGACUGCAUACCAAGAUACUACCGAGAAGUGGAUUACAAAGGGGAGACAUUCAUCGAACUGCAGGAUUUACUCUUCGGCUUUAACGAUCCACACGUGAUGGAUAUCAAGAUGGGUACAAGAACGUUCCUAGAAUCCGAAGUGUCGAAGACGAUCGCAAGACCUGAUCUCUACCAGAAAAUGAUCGCUGUUGAUCCAAACGCGCCGACGAAGCAGGAACACGAACAACGUGCUGUGACAAAAUUGCGGUACAUGCAGUUCCGUGAACAACAGAGCUCGACCUGUAGUCAUGGAUUCAGGAUCGAGGCAAUGAAGCUACCUGGUGCACCACCGAUUACCGAUUUGAAGAAAGUAAAAUCCCAUCAGGAAGUUCUUGACACCAUGAAGCUGUUCUUGGGAACGCGCGAAACCACCCGCGUGAAACUACUCGCACGGCUAAAGAGUCUCCGCUCCAAAAUUGAGGCAUCUGAAUAUUUCAAAACUCACGAAAUAAUUGGCAGCAGUAUCUUCAUGAUCUAUGACAACGACAAAGUUGGCGUUUGGUUGAUUGAUUUCGCCAAGACGCAGUCGUUACCAAAUGGCCAGAGGGUGACCCACAGAGAGCCAUGGGAACAAGGCAACCACGAAGAGGGAUUCCUCUUUGGUCUGGACAAUCUUAUUUCAACGAUAGAGGAAGUGAAUCUUUCAAAGGCGUAGUUUUUACGACAGUUUCUAUUAACGAAAUCCACUUUUGUAAAUAUUUCAUUUUGGUCUCAUAACAAUCAUUUUUAUUUAUACUGAUAGACUAGAGAAAGAAUCAUUUAAUCAUCUUCUUUCAUCUAGACAAAUACCCUCAUUUCAUUUUACAAGUAUGUUUAUAGUAUAUUUAAAGUUAUGUAAUAUUGACUUUUAUUUGGCUUAGUAUUUCUCAAAUUUCUGUGUAUUGUCCUGAUUCUCUCGUAAAAUAUUUAAAACAGUGAGACUGCAUUAUAUAUACAAAUUAUUUGAAAUAGUUUUUUGAUACACAAUGAUAUUUAAGGUAUUUGGAGCGGAAGACUGCUUGCUACUGCAUUUUUUCUAGAAAAUAUUUAAGCCCAUCGUGAAUUUUCUAAAUAACGCUAUACGAUAUUUUUAGCAUACAUACAAAGUUUACAUUGAUGUACAAAUAUAUUGUAAUUUGUUAGGCGUGAUCUUUAACAGUUAUUUAUGAAGACAAGAUAGGUUGUAAGAUCUUCGUAUAUUUUUAAUAAAAUACUCGUUAUUAUAAUUAUAAUUAGAAAUAUCGUUGUAUCUUUAACUAGUAAUUAAUGAAUUACUUUUUAACUGCCAAGAGUCUAAUUACACUGUCUAAAAAUGUUUCGAUAUCCAUCGGCCUUAGUUUUUAAAAAAAGUAAAUUUUUUUAUUUUUAAAUAAACUUAAAUUCGAAUGAAACUCUAUAAGAACUACAUGAUGGAAAUCGGAAUAAUUUGUUAUUGGACAGUGCUAUCAAUAGAAAUAUUUAUAUUAAAAUGAUUUUGUUUAAAGUGUAUAAAUUAUAUAAAAUGCAUUUUUUUUAUAGUAUC